AUGUCUUUGAUCUCAGCGGCCGCUGAUAUCGACGAUACCAGCUCUAUAGCAUCAGCUGGGUCGACCAAGGCGCCGCAGGCUUACCGCAGAGACGGGAAAGCCCUAUCAAAAGAAGCAAUCUACAGAGCUAAGCAAAAAUAUGGCAUGUACCAGUCACCAGCCAGGACCACAGGGUCGGGCGUUUCGGACGCCAAGUACGCAUCUGACGUAGCGGCAAACUUGGCCAACAACAACAAAACGACCAUCGAGGCGUACAAAAGACUCAUGGUCGACUCCAACGCUUCCAAAGCUGCAACAGCCGUGUCCAGUCGUUCUCGCGCGUCGAGCGUGUCUUCGAAUGUGACGGUGGUCUCUGACAAGCGCUCCACCAGUGCUGCAACUAAGGCGUUGGCCGCGAAGCCCGUGGAGGCCCCUAUAACGUCCGGCAAGCGGGAAAUGGACAUGGCCAAGAUACUUUCCGGCGCAGAGGCGGCGGCUGGCAAGCGUAUGGACAUGCGUUCCAAUCCUGAAAAAGUGGUGUACGUUGGCUCUAAGGACUCUGUUAAAGCUGCUGACCGUAGUUUUUCCUUCACUCCCGAAAUUAUGGAGAGGAUCUCCACCAAAAAUCAGCUGGAAGCAGAGGCCGAACUGGAGGCCGACCCUAAAAAUUACGCUUCGCGUGCAGCAUAUGCAGUGCGCGAUUUUGACCCUAAUGCUGUAUCUGAAUCAGAAUUGUUGGAGCGUGAAAAGAAAAAGCAAGCCUAUUUUGGACUCUUGACAUCUCCACAGGUCUUGGCUUUGGCAAAGAGCAAUGCUCAAAACCAACUAGCCUCCAUUGAUCGGGCUGCACCUGGCAGCUUGUUCAGAAAUGAGGAAUUUAACAAACUGGCUGUUGCGCUGGCCCAAAAGAGCUCUUCUCAGCGCUCCGAAAACAAAGGAAAAAUCAACAUGGGCGGCGGUUUAUGGUUAAGUCAGUCGGAUGUCCAGAACAUUGCACAGGGCUUGAUUACUCCCGUCUUGGAUGAAGUGGAUAGCAGAGCCUUACAGCAGAGGGCUGUAGAUGAAGACAUCAAGCAACGUAAAAUUGACUACAAAGAGCAAAAUAGCGCUUGGGCCGAAUUGCAGCGCAAUAAAAUUGCGAAUGACAAGAUGUUCUCUAGGGAGACUCGUUUGAGACACGCGCGUGAAACUGAAGGUUUGCAUACUAGGACCGAAAGAAAAUAUCAAGAGCUGCUCACCACCAAAGACGCGCAGGUUGCAGAUGUUGAGAAGGCCUUGCAAGACACCAAAGACAAGUUCGCUGCCCUCCAAAAACUGGUGGAGCAAGAGUUACUGGAUGAAGAGAAGCGAUGCGAGACUGAACUGGCGCAUUUGGCGCAGGUACAGGAGGAUGCAAUUGUAGCAGCAAGAAAGGAGCAAGAUUUGGAGGUUCAACCUUACCUUGACGAUGUAAUUGCCGCUGAAGCUGAACACCAAAGACUCGUAAAUGAGCGUGAAACACUCUCCCAAGCCAUCUCUGACUUGCGCACGUCAAUUGAAAAUCACAAGAUCAAAAUUGAACAACUUGAUCAAGAAUUGGUGGACUCUGAUGCUAAACAUGAAGAGGAAGGCGUGAAAUUGGACGGAUUGGCAACCGAAAGGGAUGAGUUUGAAGACAAGAUCGAGUCGCACUAUGUCAUUUUGGUCGAGAAGGCCAAGGAGCAAGCGCAACAGUCAUCAGAGGAAUCCCGGUUGAGACAAUUAGAAGUUGACACCAUGAUCAAUGAGCGUCAAAGUGAACUUAAUGCCACUGAGCUACGCUUGAAGAACGAAAAGUUGGUCUUAUUGGAAGCGAUGAGAAGCGUCACACAACUAAAAGGGGAAGAGAAAUUGGACGAAGGCAAAGUUAAGGCUUUGCUAGGUAUGACUUCAGACGAAUUUAUAGCUCAACAACAAAAGCCUACAGAGACUAUAGCUGAAGCUGAAGACGGUUUGGAGGAUGGUAAAUUUGAUAAAACGGAGGAGCCAUCAGUCUCCACCGAAUCGCUAAAGAAUGUCAAUGGGGUGUUGGAUUCGGACGGCGAAGCCAACAGGGCACCGGCACCCAAGGUCUCCACCUCAAAACCGGUAGGAGCUAAACCUAGUAUGGUAGAUGCGGUGUUGCCGCCUGAUUUCAAACCUGAGGUGAAGCCUAAGACUCCAAAGAAGGCUAACCCUACCACUUCUUCGUCCAAGAAAGGAGAAGUCGCAUCUCCUACCAGCCCCAAAGGAUCUUCAUUGAAGAAGAAACUUUUCGGAAUUGUUCAGAAGGACAAUGCAAAGUCUCCAGUGAAGGGUAGUUCAGAGCCAGUGGCAAAGCCUGCGGGAAAGCCGGUGAGCAAGCCUCCAAAAGCUAAAUCGGCGUCGCAAAAGCCUGAGCCCACUGAGAAAAUCCAAUCUGAGGGUAAGGUUGAGGAGCUUGACGUGGAGAAGCCUGAAGUAAAAGAGCCUGAAAUAAAAGAGCCUGAAAUAAAAGAGCCUGAAAUAAAAGAGCCUGAAAUAAAAGCGCCUGAAAUAAAAGCGCCUGAGGUGAAAGAGCCCGAGGUAAAAGAGACCGAAGUGGAGAACAUUGAAGCCACUUCGAAAGCUGCUGAGGCCGAGUCGCCACCCCUUAAGCCGGAGAGUGUGGACUUGAAACCAACUUUUAGUGGUUUUUCCCAAGCCAACCAGAUCAAGAUCGUUGAUAAUUCCGAUGACGAGGUAGACGAGCUACCUGAUUCCAGCGAAGUUGGAGAAAAUAACGCCGCCGAAGAAAGCGGCGACAAAAAAGGCAGUCUUUUCAAAGAAGUCUUCUGA